AUGUCCUUGUCCGACUCGGAUCUUUCAUCGCUAUCUUCGGCGCCUCCUUCAGAUGAGGAGUCUACGCCCAUGGCUAUUGAUGAGCCUGUAGGCAUCACCAAGUACUUUCAGAAGGAGAAGUCCGAGACACCGCCACCGAAACGAGCUCCAUCACCACCCCAUGAAUACGUGUUGGCCGAUAAUCCAGAUAUUGCAUUCAUCGUCACGUUCCGCGCGCGUUUUCAUGAAGUAUUCCCUCGAUCAACACCACACUUUGGGCCGCAGGACAUUGAACGAGGCGUGGCCGAAUCUGCGCCAGGUGAUCAUAUCGAACGAUUAUUAUGCGCAUUACUUGGACUUGUGUUGAACAGAAAGAAGGACGUGGAGCGAAAUCAUUACCAGCGCCCGUUGGAAGAAGCUAUCCAGACACAUGCGACCCAGUGGCCCAAAGCCUGGCAAGGCAAAAACCCCCUACAUGGAGGUCGCAACUUCGCCUCAAUGACCCCGGAAGAACGUCUACAAUUGUUGAAGUCACUGAUCCUCUGGUCCCUCUCAUCCUCCGAAGCUGUGCAGGCGAAGAUCAAGGACUCGUAUAAGCAAUCACGACACGAAGAUGACCUAAACCAACCUCUGUCCGUGCAGCCAUGGGGCCGCGAUAGCCUGAAGCGUCGGUAUUGGCUCAUUGAGGGUUUGGAUGAUACACACUUUAGGCUCUAUCGCGAGAGCAACCCAGCAUUGAAGAACGUAACAUGGUGGAGCGUGGCCGGGACGAUCCCUGAGUUACAAGCUGUCGCAGAAAAGCUACAAGAGGAGAAGGGGACAAAUUCGAAGAAACUAAGUGAGAGGAUAAAGAACUCUAUUCCUCGAUUUGAGGGUUCGGAAGAGAAACGCAAACGCCGCGACUAUCGGCUUGCCCGCAAAGCUCAAUUCGCUCGACCAGAGCCUGGGUUCUCACUCUACGAAGGCCGUACUCGGGGGAAGAAGUUGAAAUACACUUACUCGGAUGACGAGGAGAUCUUUUCUGACGGUCUUCCAGCGCCUCGGCGAUCGGGGCGCAACACUUCCAGCCUUUCCACCCCUGCAGAGCCGUCGGGUCCAAGGUUUACUGCCAGUGGGAGGCAGAUCCGUUUGCGCACAGGAGGCCUGUACGGGGAGAGCCUACUUGCUGGCCAACGAGAGGACGGGCCUGCAGUUGAUGAGGAUGAUUCCAAUAGGCAGCAGAGGACUCGCAGUACCAGGGCAAAUGGAUACACGGAUUACGGCUUAGAAGAUGACGACGAGGGCUCGAACGAAGGACAGUCGAGUGGAAAUGAGUGGCAGGGCGGUGAAGAGGAGGAUGAUAAUGAGUUUGAGGGUGAUGAUGAGGAAGAGCUGAGUGGAGAUGAAUCCGUGGCAAACGGGGAACCUCCUAGUCUUGUGGUGCAGCUCAGAUACGGCAGAAAGGGCGAGCUAAACCAAGUCGAAGAGCAGCAAACCAGCCAUAAUCCCGCGACCCAGGGAGGGACUGUUACUGGUGCGCCAACCGCUCAUACUGAACCGCCGCCUGCUGUCAAACCGCAACCGUUGUCCGUCAAUGGACUCUUGAACACACCCCAAGAACCUCCAGAAGAUGCGAACCAAAAGGCUACGCCUGUCCCAGCACCUGCUGGCCCGGUUGCUUCAGCAGCGAGUGAAGGUACUGUACACAGUGCAGAUGGCCCUGGCACUUUUGUACCAACUCCGCCUCAGCAAUACGGUGGAACAGUUUAA